AUGGCGAAUCAAGGAACCUCUUCAUCUACUCCGCUGGAAAUUUAUGUUGGAGAGGAGGAUGAGUCGUUAAUGUUUGGAGCCGAAUUGGGUUUGGAAGCUCUGACGUCGUGUGAUCACUUGACCUCGUUAUCGUCUGAUCUCGCGCACAUACCAACUCCUGAUACACCAUGCAACAGGUGCGAUCAUCCGACUGAAAACUGGUUAUGCUUGAGCUGUAAGGAUGUGCUUUGCAGCCGUUUUGUGAAUAAGCAUAUGCUUCAGCAUUACCACCAGACUAGCCAUUCUGUAGCACUCAGUUACAGCGAUUUGUCAGUGUGGUGUUUCAAUUGCGAUGCAUAUUUGGAUGCUCAAGUGAUUCCACAACUGCGGCCUGUUCAUGAGACUGCUUACAUACUGAAAUUUGGUGAAGCGCCACCGAUUCGGAUGGCUGAACCUACCAAGGUCAAAGAUGAUGAAGCUGAGGCUAAAACGUUAGACAGUUAAAAUAUGAGCUUUGGUGGUGUACUUUACUCCAUUUUUCUUGUUUGCUAUGUACAUGAACAAGUUUAAGCACAAUAUUUUCAACGGGAGAAAGUACUUAACUAAA